AUGAAUUCAGAAGAUCCAGUCGAUUUCUGCCCCUAUCGGGCCAACGUUGGCUGGGGCAAUGUACAGACGCAGGACUUCUCCAACGUCAAGUACUUCCAACCUUCAGAUUCCGAAUUGGAGAAUGAGGGCGACGUAUACGCCAAUGGCGUAACAUAUCCAUCACAGCCAGCGCAGACAAGUAGCAAGAAGAGUAAAAAGAAGAGCAAAAAGGACAAGAAAGCAGCGGCAGCAGCUCAGUACUACGACGAAGAAUCGAUACCUUCUCCUGAUAUUCCAACUCCAGAAACGCCGCAAGAGAACGUUGUAGCUGACGAAGAGUGGGCGCCGCCAGCAAUUUCCAAGAAGGAAAAGAAGAAAAAAAAGAAGAGCAGCAAGAAGGAAGAAACUGUUUCUGCCCCUCCACCCCGGCCCCCUACUCCGCCGGCAGAACCGGAACCUGAACCUGAACCGGAACCUGAACCUGAACCGGAACCAGUACGCGAACCAACAAUAGAGGAGGAACCAUAUAUUGAAGAGCCUCCUCUGUCUCCCAAAAAGUCCAAGGAGUCCUCCAAGGAAACCUCCAAAGACUCCAAGAAGGACAAGAAGGACAAGAAAAAAGACAAGAAGAAGAAGAAGGGCAAGAAGGACAGCGAGUCAGAGCCGACUGAGAGUUCCAGAUCAACUCCUCCGCCGCCGCCCCCCCCGGUGGAGGACGUGAAACCAUCAAAAAUGCCCGAACCAACGGCACAGCCUCCCGAGUCCGUGGUCGAGGCCAAGGGAGAGAGCCCUGCAGUUGAGACUGCUCUGGAGAACGACAGAAGUGUCGGUGAGCCCAAGGUAGACGACAAGGCCGAUUCAAGUACUGUCCCAGCUGCCGCCGCCGCAGCCGUUGCUGCAGCUUCAGUUGCAGCCGUUGCCGCGACUGCUGUAGCUUCAGACACACCGGACACUCCAGUCGCAGACGAGCAGGCGGAUGCUGCGGUUGAAGUCCCGGCGGAACCAAAUACAGACGCUGCGCCAGUUGAGGCUGAGACAAAACCGGACGCACCUGUGGAAGAGGCUGCACCGGAACCCGAGGUGACCGCCACUGAAGCUACCCCCGAGGAGCCAUCGCCAACGGAGACUGCACCCACAGCUGUGGAAGAGGCAGUAGACGACAAAUCAGCAGAACUAGCUCCUACUGAGCCAGCUACUGAAGAAGCUCCAGCAGAUGCCAAACCUGAAGAAGCAGCGGCUGAAACAUCAACCGAAGCCCCUGUUGAGCCUACAGCAGAGGAAUCUAUGUCAUCAGAAGAGCCUGAAAAAACAGAAGAUUCAUCACCAGAACCUGCGGUUGAGGCGCCUGCAGAGACUAAGGCCGACGAUUCUGCGCCGGAUGAGCCACCAGCAGCAGCUGAGGCUCCAGCAGAUGACAAACCAGUGGAACCAGUUGUCGAAGCUCCGACGGAUGAUAAGCCUGAGGAACAGGCAACUGCAACUUCUACUGAGGCUCCGACUGAGACAACCGAUGAAGCUCCUGCCGAAGCUCAUGUAGAGGAACCCGCUCCUGUAGAAGAAUCUACGGCAGAAGUAAAGGCUGAUGAUUCUGUCCCUGCCGAGCCAGCUGUCGAGGCUGCAGCAGAUGUCAAACCUGAGGAAUCAGCCCCCGCCGAGCCAGCUGCGGAACAACCCGCUGAGGCUCAUGCUGAACCUGGACCCGAAUCUUCCUCGCCUGCUGCAGAACCUACAGCUGAUUCCGCACCCGAACCUACACCGCAAUCAGAAGUUGAAGCUCCAGUCGAAGCCAAAACAGAAGAAACACCUGCCGAUACUGCUUCUGAUGUCAAGCCCGAAGAGCCUGCGUCACCAGAAGAACCGUCAACCGACACAUCAGCAGAAGCCAAGCCUGAGGAUCCCGCGUCUACGGAUGAACCAGCUAUCGAUUCAACCGCGGAGGUGAAGCCUGAUGAUUCUGAGCCUGCAAAAACGUCCGCCGAGGCCCCUGCUGAGACUGAGAAAGAACCUCCUGUGCCUGCAGAGGAACCCGUAGCUGAAGUCAAAGUUGAGAAGUCUGCGCCUGCAGACCCCGUUGCUGAAGCUGAACCCGCUGCCGAAGCUGAACCCGCUGCCGAAGCUGAGCCUGCCGCUGAAGCUGAAGCUGCAGAACAACCAGCGACCGAAGCUUCUGCCGAGGCCCCGACUCCAGUUGAGGAUGAGACUAAGACGACAGAAACUCCCCCUAUUGCGGAAACUGAGGCAGCUGCUGAUGGUCCAGCUGAGGCUAAGACUGAUGAGCUGGCACCUACAGAAGAAGCCGCGGAAGCCAAACCCGACGAACCCACUUCCACGGAGUCAGCAGCACACACUAAAACUGAAGCUAAGGCGGAAGAAGCCAGCCCCGCCCAGGAAGCCGUCGAUGAGGCUGCAGUAGAGGCCAAGCCGGAGGACCCAGUUCCCGCUGAGCCAGCAAGUGAAGUCCCUGCGGAGGUGAAGCCCGAUGAGCCGGCUGCAGAUGAAACAACUUCCACAGAAUCUAGUCCUGCCACGGCAGAGCUUGAGCCUACAGCCCCCAAAGAGGCAGAAGAGACAGUGCCCACUGCAGCCGAUACUCCGGCUGAGAGUGCUACUGAUCUGCCGCCCGCUGAGGAAGCCACGGAGCCCGAAGCAGGUUCUACAGAACCAGAUACUGAAGCACCGGCGGCCGAAGAGACUGUCGCUGCCGACAUUGAGAAAAAGGUCGAGGAAGCGGACACCGUCGUAACGCCUGCGCCUACAGAAGCCGAACCUAACGGGGCGGCUGCUGACGAAAGUAGCACCAAGGCCGAAGAAUCUACCACUACGGAGUCGGAGUCAACACCAGCAGCACCAGCGGAUGCAACACCUGCUGUAGAUGAGGCUCCAGCAGAGGAAGUGGCAAGCAAUGGCUUGGAUGAAGCCGACAGCGCACCUGCUGAACCUACUGCAGCUGACGAAAAAGAGAAGACAUCUACAGAUGUCGAGACGGUUCCUUCCGAGGCACCUGGUGAAGAAUUCAAGCCUGCAGAGGCAGCUGCGGACGCAGAGCCAACUGUUGGUGCUACAGAAAAUGCAGAAAUUCCUCAGACAGACAGUAUUGAUGACAAGACUUCUGACUCUGCCGAUGCGACCACAGUGGCCGAGCCUGAGCCUGCAGCUCAAUCAGUCGCAGUCGAAGACCCGCCUGCUCCUGCUGAGACUGAGGCGGAUUCUGCUAAGGCUGCCGAUGAUACGAAUCCUAACGAAGCCGAGGCUGUAAAGGACGCUGCUUCUGAAGCCAAAAUUGAGGCUCCCAAGGAAACUGAGGCUGAGAAUCCCGCACCAGCUGCAGCUGAUCUUGAGUCGGAGUCUUCCAAGGAGGCAGAAUCUGAGGCACCGGCGGAUGUCACACCUGGUGCGGCAGAGCCAACAGCACCGGCAGAGCCCGAGGCUGCUAAAGCAGAUGAUGCAGAUGCUCCAAAGGGUGAUUCUCAGCCUGCCAAGGAUGAAUCUGUAACUGGCACUGAAGAAGCCGCCGCAGCAUCUCAAGAAGCGGAUCCAGAGGAACCCAAGGCUGGGGAAACCGAUGCUGCCAAGGACGAGCCAGAUACCUCCAAGGAAGUGGCAGAGCCAGAAGCACCCAAAGACGCAGAGCCAGAAGCCACUCCUGAUAAUGCCAAGGCUGAGCUGGCAACAGAGCCGACGCCUGAAGCCGACACUGCUGAGGAGGCUCCUUCCGAACCAGUUGCAGAAUCUGCCCUUGAGACCGAUAACAAGGUUGAAGUAGAUGCUGCCCAAGAACCUGAAUCUGCCGCAGAGCCUGCUGUCGAAUCGGUUGCUGAACCUGCUGCUGAGCCCGAGCCUGCUCCCGAAGCUGAACCCGCUGCUGAAGCUGAGCCUGCCGUCGAAGCUGAACCUGUCGCUGAAGCUGAACCUGCCGCUGAAGAUGAGCCUGCCGCUGAGGCCAAACCCGCUGCUGAGCCUAGUACCCCUGAAGCUUCCUCAGAGGAUACUGCCAACGCCGCUUCUGAGACUGAGACCGGAAGCCCUAAGGAAAUUGUCGCUGACGAUGCAGAAGAUGCCAAGGAUACACCUGACAUGCCGAAAGAGACAGAAACAGGGCUCGCUGAAGAAACUACUACUGAGCCGGCCAAGGAAGCUGAAAUUGAAGAAGCCAAACCGGACGAGGAUACAACUCCAGCGGCAACUGCCACAGCCACCGCAGACACUACUACCGAUGAUGCUCCGGCAGAUGACGCACCAUUGUCAACAGAAGGUAUGGAUCAGUACGAAAUUAUUAGCGACGGCAAAGAAUAUACCUUCCAGAUAGCGAACCUCACUCCAGGGGCCCAGGAUGCUAAGACAGAAACAGAACCAAACACUGAAAACGAUGCCGCGGUAGAAGCGAAGGCAGAGGAGGCGCCUGCGGAAACUGUAACGGAGGAGGCAACUGCUGAGGCCGCCGUAGAUGAUAAGGAAGCUACCACCGAAGAGGCCCCCGCCGAGACGCCUGCUGGCUCUACCGAGCCUGAGCCCACAUCCGAGGAGAGCAAAGCCGAGACAACGGAACCUGAGACCGCGACUACCCCUGAAGAGCCGGCUGCCGAAGCUCCUUCCGAACCUGAGUCAAAAUGCAAACCAGAGACUGUAGAGGAGGCUCCGGCCGAAACACCUGCGGCUCCAGCUGAGUCUGAGCCUGCUGCUGAGUCCGAAAACCCGCCACCGGGUGAGGAUGAGGUCAAGGAGCCAGAGGCUGGACCAGUUGGUGCUGAGCCUGCCACUGAGCCUGCUUCUGAAGAGACCAAGUCCGCUGAGCCAGAGCCAGAGCCAGAGGUUUUGGCUGAGACUAAGGAAGCAGACUCUGAACCUACUGUCACGGCUCAAGAUCCAGAGCCACAGGCAUCUGUGCAAGAAGAGCCUUCCUCCGAGGUUGGAAAUGCCACUCCUGAUGCCGGGCUGGCCGCCGAAUCUAAGGAUGCAGAGCCGGAAGUAGCUACAGAAGCUAAAGACUCGGAAGCAACUACAGAGCCUGCCGACGAACCUGCUGCUGAGCCUGUUACUGAGGGCGAGCCCGCUGUUGAGCUCGCUGCUGAGCCCGCUGCCGAAGUCGAAGCUGCCGUUGAGUCUGUUGUUGAAUCCGCUGCUGAACCAGCUGCUGAGCCAGCUACUGGAUCUGCUGCUGCUCCUAAGCCUGCUGCCGAAGAUGAACCCGCUGCCGAACCCGCUACUGAGCCCGCUCCUGAAGCUGGACCCGCUGCCGUCGAAUCUGCUGUAGAACCCGCUGCUGACCCUGAGCCUGCGCAAGCUCCAACAGAAACUUCCACCGAGAAGAGUACCGCAGACCUGGAGGUAGAAGCUGCUUCAGACGCUGACAAUGUUAAACCUGAUGCGGAGCCAGCUGCAGAGGCAGAGGUCAAGCAGCCGGAACCAGCGGACACGGAAGCCGCCGACCAACCUGAGCCCGAACCGGCCGCGGAAGUCAAGAAACCUGAAUCAGAAGCUCUUGCAGAAGCGAACCAGCCAGAGAACGAGGUUGAGGCAGAUACUGAGAAAAAGCAAACAGAACUAGAGCCUGAAGUGGCCGCGGGAGCUCCCGAGGCAGAGGCUGAGCAACCCGAACCGGCAGCAACUGCUGAUGAGGAUAAGGAUCCAGACCCUGAGCCGAGCACAGAGCCUGAAGCCGCUCCUGUUGCAGAGGCAGGGCCUGCUCCGGAAACCAAGGAAUCUGAACCAGAUGCGGCGCCGGUCGCAGAUGCCGAAGCGAAGAAUCCUAUUCCCGAAGCGGAGGCCACAACUGAAGCGUUUAAAAAGCCUGAACCUGAGCCGGCCGCUGAAACCAAUGCAACUGAGUCAGUUGCUGAGGUACAUACCGCUACAGAAGCCAAGGAAGCUGAGCCCGAGUCUGCAGAUGAAGAAGCCAAGGAGGCAGAAUCUGCUGCUGAAGAAGCCAAACGAACAGACCCAGAACCAGAGGCUGCUCCUGAACCAGGAGAAGCUACUGAGGCAGGGACUCAGGAGCCUGCAGCUGAAGCAGCCGCUGAAGAAGUCCAGGUGGUAGAAUCCGAACCUGAACCAGCACCAGCAGUUAAAGAAUCUGAAGAGCCAGAGCCUGCUAUUGAAGAAGCUCAACAGGCGGAACCGGAAUCAGAGGCUGCACCUGAGGCAGAAGCGACCACAGAGACGGACGUGAAGGAGCCCAAAGCCGAACCAACCGCUGAAGUUGAGCUCGCUACUGAGCCUACUGCCGAGCCUGCUGUAGAAUCCGCUGCCGAAUCUGCCGCUGAAGCUGAACCUGCUGCUGAAGCUGAACCUGCUGCCGAAGCUAAAGCUGAACCUGUUGCUGAAGCUGAACCUGCUGCCGAAGCUGAACCUGCUGCCGAAGCUGAACCUGCUGCCGAAGCUGAACCUGCUGCCGAAGCUGAACCUGCUGCUGAAGCUGAGCCUGUUGCCGAAGCUAAGCCCGUUGCUGAAGCUGAACCUGCUGCUGAAGCUGAGCCUGUUGCUGAAGCUGAACCCGCUGCUGAAGCUGAGCCUGUUGCUGAAGCCGAACCUGCUGCUGAAGCUGAGCCCGUUGCUGAAGCUGAGCCCGUUGCUGAAGCUGAGCCUGCUGCUGAAGCUGAACCUGCUGCCGAGGCUGAACCUGCUGCUGAAGCCGAGCCUGUUGCUGAAGCUGAACCUGCUGCUGAAACUGAGCCUGUUGCUGAAGCCGAACCUGCUGCUGAAGCCGAGCCUGUUGCUGAAGCUGAACCUGCUGCCGAACCUGCAGCUGAAGAGUCUAAGUCUGCAGAGCAAGAAACGGAGCCUGAGCCGGAGUCAGCACCAGCUGACCUGCCUGCGGAGUCCGAACUAGCUCCGGCUACCGAAGACGUAAAGGAGCCCGCAGUAGAAGAGAAAGACCCCGAACCUCAGGCUGAAGUUGUCGAGGAGGCUAAGGAGCCUGAAUCGGAGCCUGCGGUUGCUCCUGCCGAGCCUGCUCUGACAGUCGACGAGCCACAACUUGAUCCUCCUGCUGCGGCCGUAGAAGAACCUGCUGCAGCCAAUGAGGCUGAGACAGUCGCCGAACCUAAAGAACCUGAGCCAGAGCCUGUCUUAGAGGAUAGCAAUGCGCCUGAAAUCGCCGCAGCAGUUGCGGCAGCGGCGGCGGCAGCAACUGCUGCCGCGGUUGUAGCGGAGAAAGCAGCACCUGAUGGUGAGAAAACGAGAUCUUUGGAUGUCGAGGAGAGCAAGGACACGGUUGGACCAAUUGCCAGUGAAGAAAAACCAGGUGAGACUUCCCUUCCUUCUUCUGACCCUGAUUCCCCGGAUGGAGAUGUGCGGGAAGGACAGGAUGGCAUAGAUCCGGAAGGUGCGGACAACAAUCUCCAGGAGGAAAAUGCAUAUGUUGCCGAUGUUGUGGCCGGAAUUGAGGAGGACAACGCUGCUCCUGAACCCUCAAAUCCCACCGAAGGCGAAGCAUGCGUAGCCGACGAACCAGUCGAUGCAAAUGUUCCCUCCGCGGAUUCACAAGAAGCCGAAGAAGGCCCCUCUGCUGAACAAGAGCCUGUGCCCACAGAGGAUUCAACUCCUCCGACUGAAGACUUAGAGCCUGUCUCAGCUGCUAUUGAUGAAGCUGCCCCUGACUCUGCGAGAGAACUGUCGCCGCCAGUUGAAGAGGCACAGCCGACUGAUACCGAAAAUGACCCACAAGAACCCGGUGAAAGACCUUCUGUAGAUAUAGAAGCUGCGCCAGCCGACCCUGCAGAUGAAGAACCGUUAUCAACUGUGGCAUCUGAGGCCAAACCUGAGGAAGCUACAGCCGAAGAGCCCGCCCAGGUCGAUGCUGACGAACAAGCGGCAUCAACGGAGUCCGCAUCAGAAGAGCAAAUCGAACCUCCUGCAGAAGUGGAUGCUCCAGGUGAAGCGGCAGUUGUAGAAGAUCAGGUCUUGGAGCCGCCCAGUACUGAAGAUGCUCCCGCAGCCGAAGCUGCUCCCGAGGAACCUACACUUGAGACAGCAUCGGAAGAAGCUACCCCUGAAGAACCUGCCCCUGAAGCAGUUGCGCCAGAAGAAUCAGCUCCUGAGGAAACCGCUGUUGAAGAAUCGGCACCCGCCGAAUCUGAACAUGCAGACGUUGAAGCCACUCCUGAAGAAGCCCUCUCAGUGGAACCAGCAGCUUCAGAAGAGCCUGUUUCUGAAAAUUUAGUCCGCAACAUCGCAGAUCCAGAAACAGAUGCAGCUCCCGAUGAGUCUUCUCCUGAAGGCGAUUCAGCUGCGGACGCCACUACUGAUCCACCGGAGCAAGUUUCCUCAAACGAGCCUGCACCAUCUGAGGCUAUUGUUGAAGAACCCAUAGUGGAAUCUGCACCAGAGGUAGCUGAUACGGUCAAAGCAUCUUCUGAUGAGCCGACACCGGGCGAACCGGCCCUUGAGUCUUCUGCGGAAGAAUCAGAAUCAGUCGAACCAGCCCCAGAGGCUACUCCAGAACAAUCUGCAACCGCAGAGCCUGCUGAUGGGGCUACUGAAACAUCGGCAUCGACAGAGGCUACUGCUGAGGAGUCUGAGCUCAAUGAAACUGCACCAGAGCCUUCGCCUGAAGAGUCAACGGCGAAGGAAGCUGACACAGAUGAUCCCUCGCCCGCAGAGCCGGAAGUAGAAGAGCCAGUACCAGCUGCUGUUGGAGAAGUCUCUACUGAGGCCCAUGCCGAACCAGUUCCGGCUCUCGAGGAAGCUCCUGCAGAGGACACACCCCCUGAUUCAACUGCCGAGGCUCAAUCUUCAGAGAACGCAAUGCCAGCUACAGAUGCGACCGACUUGGCACCUGAGGAGACAGCUGUAACCAUUGAGGAUGAUAAGAGUUGCAACACAGAUGCAAUCCUAGUAGGCGCUGCCGCUGCUGGUAUGGCUGCCGCGGCAGGUGUGGUUGCAGCAGAUCAUCUAAGCAAGGACUCAAGCCAAGGUGAUACUUCUACGGAGCUCACCAAGUCAAAUCUAGAAGAGGGCGUCUCGCGUCCAGGCUCCUCAGAUAAGCUUACGCAGACCCUUGAAGGCUGCAUUCCGCUGCCGGACUCUACGGCUGUUGUAGGGCCCAAAGGGCUUGAUAGCGAUGUGGACGCCAGCUUUGACUUAGUGCACAGAGAAGGGUUCUCGGACCAAGGAACACAAACAGACAGUUCGGUCUGGGGCCUAAGGCCCUCGACACCUGCAGUGGUCCUCCCUGAUCUUUGCGAUCCCACAUCACCAGCAUCCAGGCAAAGGGCCAAGGCUCUUAGAAGGCAGCGCAAAAUCACAAUUGCCCAAGCUGAAGAAAUGGUGGCGGCAGCUGUAGUCAUUUACGCUACAGCUCAGGCUCUCACUCCGCCAAACAGUCCUCCAUCGCGGGCGGGCACACAGCUCAUCAAGGCGAUGCCUAGCUUUGAGAAACAAAUGCAGAUAAAGCCGAAGAAGGGUUGGCCCUUUUUGUCACGGAAAGAAAAGAAGCAGAGGCUCGGGAGAGGCACCGCAGAAGUCGGCACUCUUCCCACCACCAUUCGUCCUCAUACUCUAGUCGCACCCGAGGCGACGAUGAAAGCCGAGACAGCAGCCGACGCCAUUCUCACCACUCGCAUCACUCGCAUCGACGACACAGGGCAGACAGCGAGCGAUCAGGUACCAGAUCUAGCGAAGCGGCCCCUCACACACCACCUAGAACUCCCAAGAGACAAGACAGUGGGUUUUCAGAAAGCCCCCAGGCAGCGCCUCAUCGCCGUCAUCGCAGUGAGCGCAGUGAGCGCACCGAGCGGAGUGAAAGAACUGAGCGAAGUGAGAGAACUGGUCGGCCUGAACGCUGAACGCCGGGCACGCGAGAGGGAGCGUGAAAGGGAAGUGGAACUCGAGAGAGAGAGGGAAAGAGAUAGGGAGCGGGAACGAGAACGCGCGCGCGAACGAGAUAGAGAAAGGCGUAGAGAGAGGGAGCGCCAGCGUGAACGCGAGCGCGAGCGCGAGCAAGAAGAGCGAUCUCGUCGCAGAGGCAAGGAAACCGAGACACUUGACAGACCAGAGGAACCUGUCGAGCGCAGUCAACAUCGCUCUCGCCGCCACAGCACAUCAGAGCACUACCCGGAACGCACGCUCAGCAGAAGACAACCCAGAGAACCCUCUCCAGAUAGAAAGGAGAAGAGGAGACUUUUCAGCAGCAAGAACACGGAAGGUGCGAAUGGAUCGACAGCCCCUCCCCAGGACGCUCCCCCAGCAAAGGACAACAUGCCAAUGGAUAACGAUGCAGGACUACAAGACGCUACCGCGACUCGUGAACUUCCUAAGCGGUCAGGCACGCGCUCCAAGCACCAUGUUCGGCGUUCAGAAGACGGCGAGAGGGCCAAGUUGACCAAAGUAAGAGAGCAAGUCGCUGAAGAAGCUAGGAGAGCGGCAGACAAAGACAAGUCCCGUUCAAAGCACUCGAACGCGGAUGAUACUCGGCGUAGAACCCGCGAUGAUCCGAACCCCGAAGACUCUCGGCGCAAGGCCCGCGAGGAAAAACGCAAGAUGAGCAAAGAUGUUGAGGAGAAAGAGAAGGCGGGUGGAAUCAAGGGCAUGUUCAAGCGAUUGUUCGCCUAA